AGUCUCUGAGAGCUGAGUCGUGCGCGUGCAGCUGUUUGGAAACGAAGUGGGACCUGUGCGGAGUCGCGUGUGUUUUUUUCUGCUCUUUGAUCCGGAUCGUUCGCUUGGAAAUGGCUGUAACGGAGGCUGGAUGCGACCUGACCUACUGCAAGAUGAGGGGCAUCGUGGGCGUCCUGACCGCUUUCAUCAAGGAGAGGAAGAUGGGGCUGAACGACUUCAUCCAGAGGCUGGUGUCCACCCCACACAUCUGCCAACAUCCUGCCCGCCGGCCGCUGGCUCCUAAUCGCCUCCAGGCCAAUCCCGUGUGUCCCCUGUUCCGGGAUAAGGCUCUAAAUCCAUUAUUACCUGAUGGGCUGAGCCCCGGCCGGGCGGCCAGACCGUUCAGCGUCGAGGUCAACAACUUCCUAAAGAUCGAGGACAACCAGAACGAGGAAGUGGACGAUCAGAUUCUUGCAAAUCCAAUGUUCCUGAACCCGCGGAGCUCCCUGGCAGAGGAGACCCAAAUCAAACCUUGUGACUUUGACUACCUGAAAAUCAUCGGAAAAGGCAGCUUUGGGAAGGUUUUGCUGGCUCGGCACAAAGAGACCACAAAGUACUACGCCGUCAAAGUGCUGCAGAAGAAGAUCAUCCUGAAGAAGAAGGAGCAAAAGCACAUCAUGGCUGAGCGCAGCGUGCUGAUGAAGAACAUCCAGCACCCCUUCCUUGUGGGGCUGCACUUCUCCUUCCAGACCACCGACAAGCUGUACUUUGUGCUGGACUACGUCAACGGGGGAGAGCUGUUCUACCACCUCCAGAGGGAGCGGGUCUUCCUGGAGCCCCGGGCCCGGUUCUACGCCUCUGAGAUCGCCAGCGCCCUGGGCUACCUGCACUCCCUGCACAUCGUGUACAGAGACCUGAAGCCUGAGAACAUCCUGCUGGACUCACAAGGCCACAUCGUCCUGACUGACUUUGGGCUCUGCAAAGAGGGUCUGGAGCCCAAUGGCACCACCACCACCUUCUGCGGGACUCCUGAGUAUUUGGCUCCGGAGGUUCUGCAGAAGCAGGCGUACGACCGCACCGUGGACUGGUGGUGUCUGGGCUCCGUGCUGUACGAGAUGCUCUACGGACUGCCGCCGUUCUACAGCCGAAACACGGCCGAGAUGUACAGCAACAUCCUGCACAAGGCGCCCGUCCUGAAGCCCAACGUGUCCAACUCCGGCCGCGAGCUGCUGGAGGGGCUCCUGCACAAGGACCGCACCCAACGGCUGGGGGCCAAGGACGACUUUAUGGAGCUGAAGCACCACUCCUUCUUCUCCCCCAUCAACUGGGACGACCUGAUGGCCAAGAAAAUCACCCCCCCCUUCAUCCCCUCAGUGUCUGGGCCCACAGACCUCCGGCACUUCGACCCAGAGUUCACCCACAUGCCGGUGUCCUCCUCCCUGUGCAGCGACAUGCCGGCCGUGACCAGCAGCAUCAGGGAGGCGGCCGGCGCCUUCCCGGGCUUCUCCUACGGGCCGCCGGACGGCCACGCCUUCAUGUGAGCCCCCCCACCCCUGUCCCGGGAACAAGGGGGCCACUCUGGACCGGCUCUAGGGGACAGAAGAAGGAGCCAAGAGCAUCACGGACCCCCCACAAAGAGGCAGAGCAGGGUCCAAAAGCUGUGCAGUGCCUGGAGGGGGGGACUGACCCAUUACACUGGCCUCCAGGGGGGUGCUGACCCACAGACUACUGGCCUCCAGGGGGGGCGCUGACCGGGGAAGCCUUGGCUCACUGUCUGUGGCUCCUUUUGUUUUGCACUGGAGGAAACAAGGGUGGAGGGGACGUCUUCAGCAGCUCGAUUGUGGGGGGAGGGGGGGGGUCAUAUCUGAGAUCCAGCUCUACUUUGGACCAAACAGUUUGCUUUAGCAUGAGUCCUUUUCCACCCGUUUGUCCUCCUGAACUGAACCCUUUACUGUACUGUAGAACCCCCCAAACAUCCAGCGUUUACAUCCUGCUCCACAUAGAAGCUCCACACCUCCUCUGUACAUAGGAGCUAGUUUAGCAGAACUAUACGGAUAGUAAAUAUUCUAUUUUUGGUUGGAAAUCUCCAACCAGUGACGGUUGAGGAUAUUACCUGCUGUGAUGAAGGACUCAACCAGCAAUAACGUGCACACUGUAAAGCGUUUCUAUCUUAUUUAAGGAGGCGCCUGCUGUUUUAUGGCAGCCCUCGUUAAGGCGGCAGGUGUCUCUGUGUCCAUGUAGGCCAGAACUGUGACUGUCUUGUGCCUGAUCCGCGUUAGCUAUACAUACAUAUCUGUCCCGAAACCUUUGCUCCCUUUUCUGGAAGUGAAUCUAAAAGUGCUUUGACGUGUGGGAGGAGCCGUGGGCGGAGCCCUCGGUUCUGGAAAGUGCAAUAAGUUCUGAAAGCCGAAUAUCUUUUUGUGACUGAUGUAAGUCGUCGUUUCUGCUUGUUCGUGGCUGUUUUCCGUUGUUCCGACUGGAAACAAAUUGAAUCCUGCUGAAAAUGGAAAAACCAACAAGGCAACACACAGUUCUUGAUCAUGUUCUUCCACAUUUGGAAGUUGUGUUUCUAUUUUUAUUUAUUUUCAUUCCAUCCUGUAAACUAAAUCAUUUCCAUGAUCAGCUGAAACACUGAACUGUAAUCUGUGUCAGAAAUGGCAAAUAAAUCUCUAUAUCAAA